UGCGAGACACACGCGGCUUGAGACACACGCGGCUUGAGACACACGCGGCUUCACGUCAAUUCUCUGGCAACGCGUUCCGGCUUUUAGCCGCAACCACGAACCGCGCAGCGGCCCGACGGAGUCCAAGAGGACCAUGCGCUCUGCUGCGCGUGUUCACGGACAGCUAACUCCGGCUAGCUCCGGCUAACUCCGGCUAGCUCCAUCUAGCUCUGGUGGGAGACUGCCGUUAGCUUCGGCUAGCUCUGGUGGGAGACUGCCGUUAGCUUCGGCUAGCUCCAGCUAGCUCUGGUGGGAGACUGCCGUUAGCUUCGGCUAGCUCCAGCUAGCUCUGGUGGGAGACUGCCGUUAGCUUCGGCUAGCUCCAACUAGCUCUGGUGGGAGACUGCCGUUAGCUUCGGCUAGCUCCAGCUAGCUCUGGUGGGAGACUGCCGUUAGCUUCGGCUAGCUCCAGUGGGAGUCCGACGUUAGCAUCUGAGUGUGUGCGCCAACACUUCAGGUUAACUGGAGCAAAAUAAAAAGCCCCAUUAACAUGUGUACCAGGACCCAGCUUUACAGUGGGCAACACGUGGAACAGCACCACCUUACUGCUAGUCUCCCAGUGGACUAUAGCUCUUUGGAGGCUAAGCGAGCUGCUAACGUUGCCCACACUAGCAGGAGCACAGCGGUACUCGCAUUGCAAGCCAGGAAGAAGAGGACAAAGCCAAGGAAGCCUGGGAAGAAACCAGAACCUCACGGCCGUCGGGGCGGCUCUCAGCCGGGCCAGGCGGACUCUCCGCUGCCGGAGCAGGACGAGGAGAUCCUGGGCUCCGAUGACGACGAGCAGGAGGACCCCAACGACUACUGCAGGGGUGGAUAUCACCACGUGAAGAUUGGAGAUCUGUUCCACGGGAGAUACCAUGUGAUCCGAAAGCUGGGCUGGGGGCACUUCUCCACUGUGUGGCUGGCCUGGGACAUCGAGGAGAAGCGCUUUGUGGCCAUGAAGGUGGUGAAAAGUGCUGAGCAUUACACGGAGACCGCUCUGGAUGAGAUCAAGCUGCUCAAAUCUGUGAGGAACACGGAUCCCAGCGACCCCAGCAGAGAGAAGGUGGUGCAGCUUCUAGACGACUUCAAAAUCUCUGGAAUGAACGGAACUCACGUGUGCAUGGUUUUUGAGGUGCUGGGUUAUCACCUCCUGAAGUGGAUCAUCAAGUCAAAUUACCAAGGCCUGCCCCUCCCCUGCGUUAAGAGCAUCAUACAACAGGUUCUUCAGGGUCUGGACUACCUGCACACCAAGUGUAAGAUCAUCCACACGGACAUCAAGCCGGAGAACAUCCUGCUGACCGUCAACGAGUCGUACAUCAAGAAGAUGGCCGCUGAAGCCACCCAGUGGCAGAAGACCGGCGCUGCACCGCCCUCGGGUUCUGCAGUGAGCACCGCCCCAGCACCCAAACCGAUGGCCAAAAUGUCCAAGAACAAAAAGAAGAAGAUGAAGAAGAAGCAGAAGAAGCAGGCGGAGAUGCUGGAGAAGAGGAUCCAGGAGAUGGAGGGAGGAGCUAAUGAAGGAGGGGAGGAGGAGGAGGAUGAGGAGGAGGAGGAUGAGGAGACGACGACAACAGACACCACUGACACGCCCUCGUCGGCCACGCUGCAGGACAAACACACCACCACAGACCCGCCUCCUGCUGAGCCGACACCAGAGGCCAAUGGGCGGAGAGAGAACGGCGUGGAGGUGAAAUGCAACGGCCACGCCUCCACGCCGGAUGGCGGGGCCAGUCCAGAGGUACGAGGGACCACGCAUUCGACGGAGGAGGAGCAGGAGGACCGACGCAACGCUAACCCACCAGAGACCCACACGGAGCCCCAGGCCCCGUUGAGUAACACAGAGGAGCACCAGAUCUGCAACGGCACACCCGGGGCCGCUGACCUCGGCCCCGCCUCCGUCACUGUGGAGCUGAAGGAGGAGGACAAGAAGGGGGAGGAGAUGGACACGCAAGGAGAGACCAAGAGAGGGGAGGAGGACGACGGCCAAGACGGAGCAUCAGGCAACAUGUUGGUCAACCCCCUGGAGCCUCUGAACGCCGACAAGCUGCAGGUCAAGAUCGCUGACCUCGGCAACGCCUGCUGGGUGAACAAACAUUUCACAGACGACAUCCAGACGCGGCAGUACCGUUGUCUGGAGGUUCUGACGGGAACCGGCUACAGCACCCCUGCAGACAUCUGGAGCACGGCCUGCAUGGCCUUCGAGCUCGCCACCGGAGAUUAUCUGUUUGAACCCCACUCAGGAGAAGACUACUCCAGAGAUGAAGAUCACAUAGCGCUGAUCAUCGAGCUGCUGGGCAAAGUUCCUCGGAAGCUGAUCUUGGCGGGCAAAUACUCCAAGGAGUUUUUCACCAAGAAAGGCGACCUGCGCCACAUCACCAAGCUGAAGCCGUGGGGCUUGAUGGACGUGUUGAUGGAGAAGUACGAGUGGUCCAAAGACGAGGCGCACACCUUCAGCACCUUCCUGCUGCCCAUGCUGGACCUGGUCCCCGAGCGGAGGGCCACCGCGGCCCAGUGCCUGUCCCAUGCGUGGCUCACGUCCUAGAGGGCCCCCCCCCCCCCCCCCCCACACACCUCCUGAGGGGUGGGUGGUAAACAAACAGGACCCUGAGGCUGCUUCACUAAAGAGCUGCUGAGCCUGUUGUGGAGCCUGGCGGUGAUGGACUGGUCUUCUUCUGGCUCUAGAGGACGUGUUGACCUCGCCUCCUUCCAGCUUGUUCUCUGCAGCACAUUAUGGUCUGUUUUUAGCUAUAGAUGAUGCCUGAUGGUCAGAUUUCUCCAGGAAGUGAACAGAACCAUUAGGAUUGCAUCAUAACUCCACGGCGGUAUCAUUUGGGUCAAUAAGCCAAACCAAUGAAAUGAAGCCGUGUGCAACGUGCUCAAUAAUAAGAGAUUAGAACCUCAAAGUGUACAUUUGUCAACGGGCACCAAGCUCUCACUCUAUUGUUCAGUGUUGCUCCUCGUCAGCAUAACUUU